UGUCUCCUUUGAAGCCUCCAAGAUUCCCCCUAUUCGCCUGGACCGAUUUUCGUAUUGGACAGAUCGAAACGGGGGACAUGUUUCACCUGCUUGUUUCCUAAAUGUUGUUUAUACACGGUUGCGUGCAUGAAGUAUCGGGUAGUCGGUUGUUCCCCCUUUUGAGGACGGCUUUGUCUCGGGAGUUGGGAUCUACAAGUGGCGAUCGCAGCCGACAGCCCCGCUCGGUGUAUGUCGGAGUACUUUCAUCUGUUGCUUCAGCAUCACGAAAGAGGUAGGCCUCGCUAGGCCGCAGCCAUGCUGAGUUUCCUUCGGCGGACGCUGGGCCGCCGGUCCAUGCGCAAGCACUCGGAGAAGGCCCGCCUCCGGGAAGCCCAGAGAGCCUCCACACACAUCCCUGCUGCCGGCGACGCCAAGUCCAUCAUCACCUGCCGGGUGUCCCUGCUGGACGGCACCGAUGUCAGCGUGGACCUACCGAAAAAAGCCAAAGGGGAGGAGCUCUUUGACCAGAUCAUGUAUCACCUGGACAUCAUAGAGAAGGACUACUUCGGACUGAGGUUCAUGGACUCUGCGCAAGUGCCGCAUUGGCUGGACAUUACAAAGAGCAUCAAAAAGCAAGUCAAAAUUGGCCCCCCCUACUGCCUCCACAUGAGGGUCAAGUUCUAUUCAUCUGAGCCCAACAAUCUGCAUGAGGAACUGACCAGAUAUCUUUUCGUGUUACAGCUAAAGCAGGAUAUUCUCAGUGGAAAGUUGGAAUGCCCAUUUGACACAGCAGUGGAACUGGCAGCCUUCUCGUUGCAGGCUGAGCUGGGUGACUGCGAUCCUGCAGAGCAUGCUCUGGACCUGGUAUCAGAGUUUCGGUUUAUCCCCGAUCAGACGGAGGAAAUGGAGGCAGCUGUCUACAACAAAUGGAAGGAGUGCAGGGGUCAGAUGCCAGCACAGGCUGAAAUAAACUACCUGAACAAGGCCAAGUGGCUGGAGAUGUACGGGGUGGACAUGCACAAGGUUAAGGCUCGAGAUGGGAACGAGUACAGUUUGGGCCUGACCCCCACAGGAGUGCUGGUAUUUGAGGGGGAGACCAAGAUCGGCCUCUUCUUCUGGCCCAAGAUCACCCGACUGGACUUCAAGAAGAACAAGCUGACCCUGGUAGUGGUGGAGGAUGAUGAACAGGUAAUGCAGGAGACAGAAGAGGGGAAGGAGCAGGAGCACACAUUCGUGUUCCGUAUGGACCACCCCAAGGCCUGCAAGCACCUGUGGAAGUGUGCGGUGGAGCACCACGCUUUCUUCCGCCUGCGCGGCCCGGUCCAGAAGGGCUCGACCCGCUCCGGCUUCAUCCGCAUGGGCUCCCGUUUCAGAUACAGUGGAAAGACUGAGUACCAGACCACGAAGGCUAACAAGGCCCGGAGGUCAGCCUCUUUUGAGAGGAGGCCCAGCCGACGCUACUCCAGGAGGACCAUGCAGAACAGGGCUGUCAGCAAAAACCAAGAUGCUCAGAACAACGGGAUGAAUCAGAGCAAAGACACCCAGGCCCACACCCCUUGGUCUGGCCUUCCUGUGAUCACCACCCCGCCCACUGCCCCCUGCCCGCUUGAAAUCGAAACCCUACCCAGGAGCCCCGGAGCCAGCCAAUCAGACAAGAGAAGCCUACCCCUCGUGACAGAUUUGCUGGACACUAAGGACCUGUUGGAGACGUGCAUCGAUGAGGUCAUCAGAGUGCCAGUUCCCAUGGCAACGGCGGGCCUGCCGGAGGAAGUAGGCCCUACCGCAGUUCCCUCUGUCUUCGGUGCCACCGUGGAGGAGAGUGUGUCUCUGACUGAGGUGGCGGCGAGGCUGAAACAGCUGGAGCUGGAGAGCGUGCCGGUCUCUGCCCCUUCCAGACCCAACAUCAACCUCAACAUGAACAACCAGGAGGACGUGGUGAAGCUGACAGAGAAGUGUCUGGGCAGUGUGAGUGGCAGCCCUGUGCUUACUCCACUGCGCCCCCCGGAGGACCUCAAGAGUAACAUCCUUAAGGCCCAGGCAGAGGCUGCCCUCAAGGGCACAAAGGAGGAGCACAUAGUGGCAGGGGAGAAGAACUGUAACCUCCAGGAAGCAGCAUCCAGGAACAAGGCGCGCGGCGGCUGGCUGGGCAGCAGCUCCUCUCUGUGUGUGAGCGGGUGGACGGAGCGCCAGGACUCCCGGGACCUGCUGAAACCGGGCCUGCUGCCCUGCGUCGGGCUCAGUGAUGAAAUGAAGGCAGAAGACCUCCUCUCCUCUCUCUCCAUGAUGCCGGCUGAGCCUGCCAGUGAGGCCCUGUCUGCCAAGGCAAAACCGGACGACCUGGAGCCCCUGAUCGCGUCUCUCACCGAUAAUCUGAUAGACUUCACAGACCCCACCCCAGUAGUGCAGCCCAAGCCUGUGAUUGCUCCACGAUGGAUUGUCCCAGCAACCGCGGCCAGCGUCUUUACCAACGGCCUUCUAGACCAUGACUGUACGGCAAAGCCACCCCUUCUGCAGGCCGAAGGGGGCGCUCAUGCCAGCCACUCACAGCUCUCUCACACUCACACUGUGAUUGCGACCAGCACUGUGACCCCCCCAGCCAAGGAGGACAGCUCCAGGGCCAAGCACCUGCUGACCACCGAGCUCUGAGAGGGCGGCAGGGGUCACUGGCCCGUUGCACACAAUCCGGGAUGCCACUGGUAGCGCUCUCAGGAGAUUCCCCGUCUCCACCUUUCACUACAUUCCAGCAGGCUGAGGCUCAGCCCUCCCCUGUGAAGAGGCUCCCUUCAGCUGCACACUGCCACAUUCCACGGGCAUUCCGCUGCAGUCCGCAAGGCUCCAGGUAGAUGAUUCCUCAAAAGCACUGACCCAGCAUCAGAUAACCCUGCCCUGAUCCCAUCCCCGACCAUUCCGAGCAAGAUGCUAAAACUGAUCUAGGCUCAGUGACUGGGGAAGCUAUCUAUCUGCAAUCCUCAAAAGCAGCUACCCUACCUAACCCCGCCCCCCUUCCCCUUCACAACAGCCCCUUUUAACCUGAGCCUGCCUGAAACCACUGUGAAAAGAGCUACUGUACCUCAUACCACUGGAUUACUGGAUUACUGGAUUAGAUCACUGGAAUUUAUAGGACUGAUGCAGCAAUGUUCUACUGACAUUUUAUUCUGGUUGUUUUUUCUGGUUGUUUCUGUUGCACCCUCCUCUAUGAUUGACAUGUGGUUUUUAAGGCAUUGAUGAAGCAUCAACAUUUAGUAUUAUAUACUCAUGUUACUGUGUCACUCUCCCUUUACUGGACCAAGACAUAAAUGACCAGGAAAACACUGAUGAUGUGUAAGACUUGUUUGGGUACAUUGAGCUGUGAACAUUUCCAAUCCGAAUCAUAUAUAUCUGCGUUGUUGCUAUUUAGUUACAAUCUGCCUUAUUUAGUGUUUCGUAUAAUUGUGUAGCAGAAGAUUGUGCUUAGUUUUACACUGUUAGAUAAAUUGACUAAUGAAUGGAGUAUCUCACUGUAUGUCGUGGUCACCAUAUAGUCUUGAACACUUUGUGGGUGUGUGCCGUACGAGAGACUUGACUUGCAAAGACGGUCACUUGGAGCAGUCCAUUCCUUUAAUGAAGAGG